GACAUCAUUCGUCCAGGGGUCUAUAAAUGCUUCUGUCUGAUCAAAAAACCUGGAGCUUCUAUUCAGCAAUACAGACUCACUGGAGAGGUUGAAGUUUUUUUUUUUUGUGGUUUUUUUAAAUUAUUUUUUUGAAACUGCUUCUGUACUCCAGUUUGCCCACAGCAAUCAGGAACCAUGUGCUCUGGUAGUUGCGCCAAAUGUCUGGGCAUCACCCUCAUCCCACUGGCUAUCCUUUGCGUUCUAUGCAAUAUCUUGCUGUUUUUUCCGGGCGGUGUGCCCGCUUCAGGCAAUGAAAACAUCACCGACGAGGUGUGGUACUUCGGCGGCAUACUCGGGUCUGGCGUUUUGAUGAUCUUCCCUGCCCUCGUCUUCCUGGGAUUGAAGAACAAUGACUGCUGCGGUUGCUGUGGCAAUGAAAGUUGCGGGAAACGCUUUGCGAUGUUCACGUCCAUCAUCUUUGCCGGAGUGGGACUGGCCGGUGCCGGGUACUCCAUCAUCAUCUCCGCCGUCGCAAUUAACCGCGGACCCAAAUGCGGCCUGGACACGGCCAGCAACGCCACGUUUGUUUAUCCUUUCGAAGAAGGGAACUACCUGUCGAACCACUCGAUGUGGGACGCCUGCCUGCAGCCGGAGGGCAUCGUGCCCUGGCACCUGACGCUCUUCUCCCUGCUGCUGGUCAUGGGGCUGGUGCAGGCGGCCCUGUGCGCCUUCCAGGUCCUCAACGGUCUCAUCGGCACCAUCUGCGGGGACUGCUGCGGCUGCUGCGGGGGUGAUGGAGCUGUUUGAAGGAGAACCGUGAUGAAUAUGACAAAGGGAAUUUUAAAUAUUAUAUAAUUAACUUUUCAUAUGUUGGUUUUUUCAUCACAUAUUUAUGAGAUACAUUUUUUCAGUUUUUAAAAAUGCAAAGUAAUAUCUGGUAUAAGAAACUUUUCUGGAGGACUCUAUAGUCUUAUGAUGGCAAAGAAAAUUCCAAGUUCUUGAAUAUGUUGAAUAUUUAUUUUACAUUAUUACAAUGAAUUAAUUACCUCCUUUUUUUUUUUACUUCAGAACAGACAGAAUUUGCUCAGUCAAAAUUAGAUUUGUAAUUUAUAUUUUUUUCCACUAUCUUUAAUAACAAAAUGAUAAAAUGUAAAAUUACAAAAUUUUAAAAGAAUGUACCAAUACAAAAUUUUAUAAUAGUGGCAAGAUGCGGGACGCUGUCCACAUCGGGUUGACUGUGAAGGAUGUAUAGUUUCCUCUGAAAAGCAGGUUGAACAAAUACUAUAAGUAAAGAAUAGAAAAGCACAAAAAAGGAUCAUCCUCUUGCGUCCCAAACAUGACAUUACAAUGCCAGACAGAAAAAUACAGAUUGCAUGAAUGUCCAAUGAAAUAUCUGGGAUCAAACAGGGCAAAGCUAGUUUGAAAAAAACAAAAAAAAAAAAAAAAAACAAAAAAAAAAAAAAACAGGCCUGUUCUGAGACAGGGGUCAGAGUUCAGCAGCGUUUUGUACCAGGAAGUGUAGAGAGAGUGGGAGUCUGUUCUGCAUUUCAGGCAAAUGGAAUUCAUAAUUUCCAUGUUUGAUUAUGGAAAUUGUCUUUCAUAAAUUAAAAAAAAAAACAAAAAAAAACUGUGGACAUCUGUUCGUAGAAGAGAAGACGUCCUGUUGGCGUUAGUGGUGUUAGUGCGGCAGAACCGAUGCUGAAACACUGCUCUUAAUUUCAAGGGGACCUAAUGAAACGAACGUGACCAUAGAACAAAAAAAAAAAAAAAACAACACCACAGAGUCUGUGUUACCACUAGAUUUACCUGUAUCCCCAUCCGGCUUGUUCUAAGUUUGACUUUGAGUUGCAUAACUUUAUACAACACUGUUCCGCACUGCUAAUGUUUACAGAGCCAUCACGGCUCUGAUAUUUACUGCACCGCAAACUGUCUUUGCCCUUCCUUUUGUGCUCUUAUUUUUAUAAGAUCAUUCAUGAGGACAGCUGUGUUCCCCUGACCAUUAAAUAAAUUAUCAUCAUCAUCGCCUGUCAGACAUUCACUAAAUUUUUACAGCGCACUGUAUGUACCGAAUGUGGGACCAUAUAUUAUUUUCAAAUAUUGACAGUGAGUGAAUUAUUUACGGAAACAGGUUAAGGGCAAUAGCAGUGCUUGCACUUUAAAUGGACGUUAAAGAGAAGACAAAAUGUUUUUUUUUUUUUUGUGUGUGUUGUUGCAAGACUUGGUUGUGGAUGUUAUGUGAGAUUCAUGGCUCAUAAACAUGAUGGUAACUGAAUAAAAAUGAUUGCUUGUUUUGUUAA